GCCUGGCUGUCUGUUCCAAUCUGUCUUUUUCUGACGUUCUAAAAUAUAGAUGAAUAAACUAGACAGAAGUAAAUAAGCAAGAUAAGUUAGAAGAAAAAUAAUUAUCUUUACUCGAAGGCUAGCGGUUUCGAAUUCUUCCAUAGAAAUUUAUAACGAGAAUAAAUCGUUUUUGGAUCUUACAUUUUUGACAUAAAUAUUUGCCAUGCCUAUUUAUUACGAAUGGACUACAUUAAAAAAGCAGCAAAAUUCAAAAAGGAAAUAUCCUAGCUUUGAAGUGUCAAAUCAUCCUUUGAAAAGCAAUGUGGUUUUUAUGAAGGAGAAUACUAGUACCAGCAAAAAUUUAAUGGAGAGUCUUACUAAAUGGAGUUCAGCAUUUGAAGAAGUAGAUCCACUGUUAAGGUUUGAGCAAAUGAAUAUUGAAAAUGAUAUAAAUUCAAGUGAACAGUUAGACCAUGUUAUAAAUUAUUCAAGUUCUUGGAAUGUGCGGCGCUCAGGAAUUCUGAACAAGUAUACAACUGGGGAAAAAUUAAGCAUUGUUAGUAGUUUUCUACCAGGAGGAGAAAAAACACUUAUAAGACAGGUAUCAAAUCUCAAUGAAAAAGUAAAACAUAGGUUGGAGCAAUUGGAUGACUUUGAUGAAAGCUCUGUGAGAAAAACAAUGGGUUUGAGCCAACAGGAGUAUGUAUCCAAGAUUAAUAUGCUCAAUGACGAAAUAAAAAAGGCUUGGGAUACAGAGCAAAGGGUAAAAGCAUUUAAAAUUGGUAUUCAAUGCUCAAAGCUUCUCGCAGAUGUUAGUGUGAUGCCAUUCUAUCCAAGUAAAUUUGUUUUAAUAACUGAUAUAUUGGAUACAUUUGGAAAUUUAGUUUUUGACAGAUUGAAGGCAAAAAGUUUUGGACCUAAUGGAGGGAAAGUUGAAGACAUAGAUCCCGCUCUAAUUCCAGAGUCGGCUAAAGAAACCUGUCAAAACUGGUUGUAUAAAAUGGCAUCUAUCAGAGAACUGCUUCCACGUCUAUAUAUGGAAAUGUCUCUUUUGAAAUGCUAUCUCUUUUUGUCUAAAGAUGAAAUAAAACCCGUAGUGGCCCGGUUAACAGCCAUGAUACGAGGAAUAGGCAACCCUCUUGUUGCUACCUAUUUGAGACUGUACCUUUGCCGUGUGGCGUCUAAAUUGAUGGAAAAAGAUAGUGAACAAUUCUUUUAUAGCAAUUUGAAAGAGUUUCUUGAGGAAUACCAACAAAUUUUCCAUCCAGCGAUAAAGAAAAAAUAUGAAUCACAGUUACUUACACCAGAAAAAUAUUUAAGUUUGUAUGUACCGGCGGUAGAUUGGCUUUUGUUCGGCACUUUAAAUUCCAAUAGGUGUAAGCUUACACUCUUGGAAGAUCUACUUCAGCAGUGUGAACAAAUCGAGAACAGCGAGUUACUUUUAAACUGUCUUAUAUCAGCUUUCGAUUCUCAAAGUGUAAACAAAAAAUCUUCCGUCAUUUUGGAAAUGAUUCAAAAGUCGUCAGAUAAAUUGGUUCUGAUUAAUGACAUGCUGGCAUCUCUGGGAGAACACUUGUGCGCAGCGGACAACACGCGACACCUGUCUCCGGAGAACCUUACACAAACAUGGUGGAAGAUCGCAUGCAACCUUAAUUCGCCACUACACUUCCUUCAAGUUUUAGAGCCGUGGCUUCAGUUUGCUUGCACACAUUUAUCGACACAACAUGUGAACAUCAUACUGCGCGGCACUAUCCGGUAUAUGAUAAAGUGCGGACGACCGGCUGACGAGUUCUCAGGACAUUUCCAAUUCGUUAUCAAGAGAAUGUUGAAAUCUAUUCCUGACGUUGAAGAACUUUUCCUAAUGGAUGCCUUCAUGCCUCUAGUGGAGUUAGUUCAGACAUCGAAUGCCCGCACACUGAUGGCCAAGACAGUGUUGUCCAAUUUUUUCACCAGAUACAGUUCCACUCACGUCGAGGACCAUAUUGUCAUAUCUAGUUUGAUGAGGCUAUGCUGCAUAUUGCACGAUUCGAUCAACGCGGUGACAGUGGAGGACGAAAUGAAAGUGAAUGCGGAUCUGAUCACCAAGUUUGUGCAAGCCGUGUCGUACCAGGAUGAUUUGGAACAGCAGUUGAAUUUCUACGUGGAGUGUCGCGCCGCAUUCAUCAAACUCGAUGCUGUGCUCGUCACACUAGUGCAUUGCGUGAACGCGCUAGCGACGAACGUGGCGGGUUCGCGCUGGCUGCACCGCGCGUGCGCCGCGUACAGCUUCGUGACGGUGCCGUCGCUGCGCUGCGCGUGCGCCCGGCUGCAGCUCUACCUGCUCACCGGGCAGGUCGCGCUGCUCAACAACUGCAUCGGACAGGCUGAGGCCAAUUUCAAAGCUCUGAUUGGAUUAAUUCCGGACAUUCCUGAUUACAUUUUAGAAGAUGGACAGAAAAAGCCGACAAACAUUCGGGUGGCAGGCGUCAUAAGCGAUUUUUUAUCAACGUUAUUGAUAUUACCGGAUAAUUUGGACAGUAACUGCAAGGCAUAUAUUUUAUGUGGCCUUAUAAAAACUAUGGAGAAGAUACAUUGGAAGAAAACGGAGCCGCUUUACUAUACAACCCUUCUGCGUAUACUUGAUUUACUAUGUGAAAUGAGCAGAGAAAAUUAUGUUUAUCAUAUUGAUUCCGUAAUCUCCAACGACAUGCUAUACGGAUCUGAUGAAGAAUUCUUAGCAGCUGUCGAUAAAUACGCUACUAAUAUAUGUCAGGAGUUGCUAUUGGUGUUGAAAAUGUUGGGUGAUGCGAAGGAGACGAAUAAGCAAUACAAUUUAGCGUUGGAGGUGUUCUGGCGAGUUGUAAGGCGAGGGGACCUGAGCCGGGCGCCUAUGCUCAGCCUCGCCAACAAUUUGUGGAUGCUCUCACAAAAAUUACAGGACUCAAAUAAUAAGUUGGCGAAAUCCAUGUGGUCAACGCUAGAAAAAGACCCUUCGACGAAACUAUUGCUACAGAAUCUCACUCAAAACAAAAGUGCCAAAGCUUGAAUAUAACUUAUAUUUAAUAUUAUUUGUAUGUGUAAAAUUAAGACCAUGAAUAUUAAACAUUUAAUGAAAGUGCUAUAUUGGUUUUAAUAGGUAUUAUGUUUUUACUCAUGUGACAAGUUAUUUAUACUGUGCAAAAUUAGUUUCUCUUGCAUAAAAAUCAAGAAGACCGAGAUGUACCCACUCAAAAAAUGUUAUACGCAGCCAACUAAGUCGUAAGUAAGAUGAAUCAAUAUUGAAAUACCUAAGUUAUUUUUUUACAUUACUGACUAUAAAGCUAAAGAGCUGACGCCACGUGAGAAUCUUUAUAUUCUAGAACAAGGAACGUAUUUUAACUGUACUAAAAAUAUCCUGUCUCUGCCAUCGUAGCGUAUUUUGAUAACGUUUAUUACAAUCAAAUGAUUUAUGCUUCUUGGAUCAUGGGAAUAGGGUUAGUAAUUUCUCAAGCGGUCUUUUGUUUGAUACGGGGUUUUGUAUGUGUAUUCUUAUGUUUGAGUGAUUUUCUUAUUCUAAUGUACGAGUAGGUAGAUAGCAUAUGCAGUAUCACCCUGUGCUUGUCAAUGAAGAAUAUUUUCGCUCGGGAAGUACCUACCUUAUUUUUUCAAUUAAGCGUCUUAUAUUGAAAAGGAUACCUGGUUUUCGUUUAGUUAGUACUUACGAUCAGUAAAUGUGUCUCAAUAGCGUAGACUUUUAUAUUAUUUUUUGAGAUGACUAGCCUAGAUAUUGCUUAUAAUAGUUGGAACUCUUAAAUAUCAGUCAGAUCGAGUUAAGCCUUUCUAAACAGCUGGCUGCAGUGGUAAUGGGUCAAGCUGUGCAGUGGGUGACCCACAGCCGCGCGGCCCGGCGCCGGAUGGGGUAAGCGGACAUUGUCCGCAGACUCCGCCACGCUUGAGUGGCGCGCGCGCUCUGUUGCACCGAUCUUUCACCUUCGCAAUAUAGGCGCCUAUAAAACCUUGUCAUUGCAAUUUUGUGACGUUACUUUCAUCCCGACUCAAACGCGAAAGACAACUAGAAACGCUGAAUAGUUGCGACGACUAAGGGAAUUCAUUUGGGUUCAUACCCACUUUAAAAAUGUCCAAAUUCACAUGUUUGGUACGAUAAAGUGCUAUUUUAUUUUGCUUUUAAAUAUCUCAAACACGUGGUAAUUGUUUUCUAAUUCUGUUUU